GUCCUGCAUUCUUCAGAACAUUUUGUUCAAUUCGAUAUUUAGAGGCGUGGGAAGGUGUUCGUUGAACAAGUGCACGAUCAUGGAAGAUAAGAGUUUUGAAGAAAGGCUAACUUGCCGAGAAGCAUAAAUUAUUGCAGAUGAUUUGAGAGAGGAAGUUCCUUUCUGGAUUCCUUUCAGGAUGAGCACCAACAGCUCCAGCCUGGUUUAUGAUGCAAAGCCCUUGCUUAUUCUUCCUCUGGCAUUGGUCAUCUUCCUCACGGUGAUUGGGAACCUGCUGGUCAUCCUGGCUAUCAUCCGCACUCCUCUGCUCCACACCACCACCAACGUCUUCAUCAUCUCCCUGGCCUUCGCUGAUCUCAUCAUGGGUUGUGUGGUCCAGCCAGUGGGCGCCAGUAUGGUGGUCAGCGGGAAAUGGCUUUUAGGCGACAAGUUUUGUGACUUGUGGACAUCCGUGGAUGUGCUUUGCGUCACGGCCAGCAUAGAGACGUUAUGUGUCAUCGCCGUUGAGCGCUAUGUUGCGAUCACAACACCUUUUAAGCAUCGGGUCCUCCUUGGGAAGCGCAGAGCUGGGUAUAUCGUCUGCACGGUGUGGAUGGUGGCAUCCCUAGUUUCCUUCGUGCCAAUCAUGAACCAUUAUUCUCGUGCUGAUUACGAGGAGGCAAAAAUAUGUUACAAUAAAUCAGAAUGCUGCGAUUUCCAUACGAAUAGGCCCUACACCAUCUUCUCCUCGGUGGUGUCCUUCUACGUGCCCCUCUUUAUUAUGGUGUUUGUGUACGGGAAGGUGUUCGUCAUCGCGAACAGACAGUUGAAACUCAUCAAUAAGAAUAGACUCCGCUUUCUGAGCACAUGCACAGAAGACUCUUGUGAAAGUCCAGGUGAAAUAGUGCAUGAUUUAAACCAGAGAUCAACGAGGCAUGUCGUGAAAGAACACAAGGCGCUCAAGACGCUGGGGAUUAUUAUGGGCACCUUCAUUCUCUGUUGGCUGCCCUUCUUUUUCUUCAAUAUCAUCAAGGUUUUUAAACCUCUACUGCUACCACAGAAUGUGUUCCUCUUGUUGAACUGGCUCGGCUACACCAAUUCGGGCCUGAACCCUAUCAUCUACUGCCACAGUCCUGAGUACCGCACUGCCUUCCUCAAUCUUGUAGGGUACAAAAAACUCAAGCAGUUAAAUUGCACCAAAGUGCACAAACAUCUAUGGACUAUCAGCUCAUGCAUCCAAAGCAACGGUUCUGCAAAAAUGGAUCACUUAGGUCAUGAAGAUCCAUCUGCAAAGGGUGGGAACAGUUGCUCUGACACGUGUACAGAUUUCAAAGAGGAAGAGAUUGAAGCUCAGCCUCAAAGUGACUCAAAUGUGGCAAGGAUCAAUGUAGAAGAGAUGUUAAAGGGCCACUGAAGAUGGGAAACAGAUCAUACUGUAUGCUUUUCAAGAGAAUGAACUGUACUCGAGCAUCAUGCUUUUCAACUGCACCUUGACUGUAUUACAUCUAUACCAUGUGCAAAGAAAAAACAGCCAGAUUCUUACAGAGCAGCAAAGCUGAAAAAUGAUAUUGAGAACAAGCCAUGACACAAAAAUAUGAUUACUUUCUGACAGCUUUUUGAACUUUAAACAGAGUGAAAUUGGAAACUGAAGCCCUAAACUGUCAUCUCUUUACCUCAAAAACCAUCAAAAAAUAAAUCUGUUGUGUGGACUUUUUUUUUUUUUUUUUUUUUUUUUAGUUCAGUCACUACCCAGAGAUGAAAUAAAAUGCAUUAAAUUCUGAAAAAACAAAGUCUAAUUUAAGAAAUAAAUAUUUCGUGCUAGAGAAAUAAGAAUCACAAUAUCAGAAUUCUGUCUUUUUUUCUUGCUACAGUAUUACAAGUUUACAAUCUGCCAUUCUGAGUUUAUAUCUUGGAAUUAACUUUGUCUCUGAAUUCUGAGUUUAUAUCUAAAAAAAUAAUUUAUAAUAAUUCUACCACAGAAAAAUAAAUAAAAAAUGCUAAUUGCAACUUUUUCUUUCACAAUUCUCGCGAUUACGAGUUUACAUCUUACAAUUCUAUCUUGUCUUCUCAGAAUUUCUGAUUUAUAUACCACAAUUCUGACUUUAUAUUUCAUAUUUUAUAUUUCAUGUAUUUCAGAAUUUUUGAUAUAUAAAAGUUGCAAUUAUCUACAGUAUCUUAUUCCAUAGUGGAAACAAGCUUCCAUUAAAAAUAAUAAUAAUAAUAAAAUAAUCAGAUCAAACUGUUUACAACAGUAAACACCCCCAAAAUGACCAGAAUGAUUAAAACAUACAUGUUAUCCCUUUUCUUUCUUUCUCUCUCUCUCUCUCUCUCGAAAAAUGCAAAUUGCAGUUUCAUGACUGGAAGGAAAUAAUUAUGGUAAUUAUUCUCAGCAAGUGUGGCAAAGCAUUAAUUUUAGACGCUACACAGCUCUGGAGUGGGUCAGCUUGAUAUUUCUCUGGCUGUCUUGCAUCACACAUCUGAGCAUCUGUUAGAUUUCAACACUUUGACAACAGGCAAACAGCCCAGACCAAUACACAGCCAAAUCUUAUGGCUAAUAAAUAUUCAACUCUGGCCAAACAAAUCUUGACAUUGAAUGGUUGAAAAUCAGAGUGUUUGGUUUGGGAUAUUGGUGCUUUGAUAAAAUGUUAAUGCAUCGUGGCAUCAGUGUGCUUGACGGUGAGGACAAGCUUCUGAUCAAAGCACUGUGAGAUGCCUUUACUCACUUUUUUGAUCCUGACCAUCUGUAUCUUUUACCCUAGUGAAAAAACCCUUUUCCAGAAAAUUCCAACAGAUUGAAUAAAUGCAUGCGCUUCAUAAUUAAUUUACAAAAAAAUCAGGUACAUGUUCAAAAUGGUGUCUUUUUCAUAUAUCUUCAUACUUUAUGAAUUAAAACCAUGCCUUAAGGGGAUAGUUCACCAAAAGAAAAUGAAAAUUUGAUGUUUAUCUGCUUACCCCCAUUGCAUCCAAAAGGUAGGUGACUUUGUUUCUUCAGUAGAACACAAACUGAGAUUUUUAAAGAGCAGGACAUAUGAUAUUUUAAAGUGUCCUAUUAUUGUGCUGGAGUCCCCUACAACAGGUAUAAAUGCAUUUAAGGUAAGAAAACAUUGUAAUUUUCUCAGAAUAUACAUUUAAUAUUAGAGGCAUUUGCCAAUGAUUCCAAAAUUAUUAAUUCCUAGCAAGUUCGGAGCAAACCCCUCCCUUCCAUAAGCCUACUCUGCUCUGAUUGGUUAGCUGGCCAAGCCUGUUGUGAUUGGCACAGAGGAGUCCUUGAGCUAUUUAGCCAGCGCUACCAUUGACAAAGCACCAUAUAUAUAUAUAUAUAUAUAUAUAUAUAUAUAUAUAUAUGCACAGUAGAGAAAUUACCGUAUGGACAGGAGGAGAAGCUCGCAGGCAAUCUUUUACUGUCUAUGAGGCAAUCGGGGGGACGUGGAGGCAUGAAGUCAAGGGAGAAGCCCAUAAAGAGUCCAUAAAAGCAACGGGAAAAAAUUAUUCAACAACGUCAGCAAGAUUCGGUGGGUGAUUCAGAUUUCUCUUGGCACAACGAUUAGAAAGACUAAUCACAUAUAUAUAUAUAUAUAUAUAUAUAUAUAUAUAUAUAUAUAUAUAUAUAUAUAUGUGUGUGUGUGUGUGUAAAGUUUCUUGCACAGGCUGAUCGUUUCGAGUCUUUUCACAUCAACGUAUCGUCAUGAGCCUCAGGGUUUAAUUUGGUUUUGUUUGUGUAUGUUUGUUUUUUAUUGUAUGUUUUAGCCAUGAUUCCCAUUAACAUCCAUUAUAAGACUGACAGACUGCAACGGUUCUUGACUUUGUGUUAAAAAUCUCUGUUUGUGUUCUACUUAAGAAACAAAGUCACCUAAAUCUUGGAUGCCCUGGAGAUAAGCAAAUAAAGAUCAAAUUUUCAUUUCUGGGUGAACUGUCCCUUUAACAUUGGAACUGAGUCAUUUUAAUUGGUCUGUUUUUCUGCUUGUCAUCGUCAUCUCAUGUCCUCUGGAAAAAAAAUCUAACGUAUUAUUUUGAUGAAACUCAUCUUCACAACUAUUCAAAUAGUGGAAGCAUUGUAAUUAACUGCACACUCACAAAAGGUCAGAACAUUGUGUGAAACUGCUGCAUCAGUCUUUUGAAUAUGUUGUUCUUCAGACACAUCAGUCUGAAAUGAGCAUCCCAAGGUUUUAUUGCAAAAUGAGAUGCAAAAACCUGAAUGCAAACUUAAUGUUUACACUGUCAAUCAAUAUGAGGACCUGGUAUAUAUAUAUAAAAGAAAGACUAACUAAGUUAAGUUACUAUGUUACUGUUGUUUAAGAUGAACAAAGCACCUGCCGAGGGAACACAGGAUUUGAUGUUUGUUAAGUCUGAAAUGGCAUUCUACUAUUUUACUCAUACUAUUUAUAAUUUCAUACAUUUAUGAAAUGUUAAAAUGCAUGUAUAAUGUUACAAAAGAUUUAUAAUUCAAAUAAACAUUGUUCUUUUGAACUUUCUAUUAAUUAAAGAAUCCUGAAAAAUGUAUCAUGGUUUCUACAAGGAUAUUAACUGUUUUCAACCCUGAUAAUAAGAUUGUUUUUGUUGUUGUUGUUGUCUUGUAGAAAAUCAGUAUAUUAGAAUGAUUUCUGAAGAAUCAUGUUGCCAUUAAACUGUUUUUUUUUUUUUAAAUAGCAAUGAUAUUACUAUAACUGACAAUAUUACUAUUUUUACUGUAUGCAGCUUUGGUGAGCAUAAUAGGCUUUUCUAAAACAUAAUGUGAUGUUAUGUUUGAAGUGGUAUAGUACCUUGUUAUUUAUACUAUAUUUAUACUGUGUGCAUUAUGCAAAUUUUUGGUAUGCAAAAUAUGCAGUACUGUGCAAAAAUACACAAUACAAUUGUGCUUGCUAUGACUUUCCAUUUCAUGUGUGAUGAAUGAACUGUAAGUAAAACCAUCUAU